UUUAGAAGGCAAUUCUCUUAAUGAACUCAAAACAGUGCUUAAGAAGGCUUAUAAUUAGUAAAUUUACCAAAAUGCACACUGACAGCACCCAUAAUAUAAACAAUGCGCAGAGGAAUUUCCAAGUGUUGACAUAGGUUGAUUAAUGGAAUCCAUUAUUGAAGUCUUAAUUUUGAGUGGGACAAAAAAUGUAGUACGUGGACAGCAGCCGCAUUCAAUGCUUAUGUUAUGUGCCACAUAUUGAUAUUUUAGUGUGGAAAUUUUGACUUGUGUCCACAUUUGUAGAAUUGGCAUCAUCAUUCAUCAUUCAUCACUCCACUCGCCACUGCCCUCCAUUCUCUACAAUUUCUAUCUUCCACACCACUCUGCUGUUUCGCCCAACAACAAUGUCUAAUGGGAAUUCAUCGUUUCUCAAACACGAGCUAUGGAAACGGACCUCAAUUUUCGGGCUGCAUUUGUGGGUUGUUCUCGGACUCUGCGUGGGCGCCGCCAUCGUCGUCUUCCUCUUCCUCGUCUCUCUCUGGUUCACCACCAGAAGAAACAGAAAGGCUCCACUUUUAUCACUGACCAGCAAGAACUCCAUCAUCCCGAGUGUUUCCAGGGAAAUCCGGGUCGACCCGGCUCCGGACCCGGAUAAAGAUCCCAAGUCGCUGCCACCGGUCCCCAAACCCGACCCGAAAGAGGAACAGAGGAUCCACAUUGAGAUUGGGAAGGGUCACAGGAUUGCCUACCCGGGUUCACGUUCCGGGUCGGGUCAGGGGAGCGGCGAAGCGACGGCGGUGGGUCCCGAGGUGUCACAUCUGGGGUGGGGCCACUGGUACACGCUGAGGGAGCUUGAGGAGUCUACUAAUGAAUUUGCUGAUGAGAAUGUUGUUGGGGAAGGAGGCUAUGGUAUUGUUUAUCACGGCGUGCUCAAGGAUCAAACUAAAAUAGCCGUCAAGAAUCUGCUCAAUAACAGGGGUCAAGCAGAGAGAGAGUUUAAGGUUGAAGUUGAAGCAAUUGGGCGUGUACGCCACAAGAAUUUGGUGAGGUUGCUUGGCUAUUGUGCUGAAGGAGCUCAUAGGAUGCUUGUGUACGAGUAUGUCGAUAAUGGAAACUUGGAACAAUGGCUUCAUGGAGAUGUUGGGCCUUCUAGCCCCCUCACUUGGGAUAUUAGAAUGCAUAUUUUACUUGGAACUGCUAAGGGGCUGACAUAUCUGCAUGAGGGCCUUGAGCCUAAGGUUGUUCAUCGUGAUAUUAAAUCGAGCAACAUUUUACUGGAUAGACAAUGGAAUGCUAAAGUGUCUGACUUUGGUCUAGCAAAGCUGAUAGGCUCCGAGAGGAGUUACAUCACCACUCGAGUUAUGGGUACAUUUGGCUACGUCGCUCCUGAAUAUGCAAGCACUGGCAUGCUUAACGAGAGGAGUGAUGUGUACAGUUUUGGUAUUCUUAUCAUGGAAAUCAUCACGGGGAGGAAUCCGGUGGAUUACAGUCGUCCCCCAGGAGAGGUGAACCUGGUUGAUUGGCUCAAAACAAUGGUUUCCAAUCGGAAUGCUGAGGGGGUUUUGGAUCCUAAGUUGCCUGAAAGGCCUUCUUCGAGAGCAUUGAAGCGUAUUCUCUUAGUUGCUUUACGUUGUGUGGACCCGAAUUCUCAAAAGCGACCCAAAAUGGGGCAUGUGGUGCAUAUGCUCGAGGCUGAGGAAUUCCCUUUCCGCGAAGAUCGAAGGGGGCACGGACGAGCACAUGAUCGCGAUGGGAGGGCGAUGGAGAAGCACAUAAAAGAAGCAGGUGACAGUAGCGGAUACGAAAGCAGUAUCCAAACGGACAGGUUUUCAUUGAGAAACGACCAAGAGUAGAUAUGUUAGAAUUUGAAACAUGCCAAUGUAAAUACACUCAUUUUGCCCUUCCAUUUUGUUUCUUUGCAUGCACUGCUUGUAUCUUAUCUUGUUUUACAGUUUUAUGUACGAAUAGCACUAGAAUGGAUCCACUUUUUUA